AAAUGUUCCGCGAUCUGACUUCACUGCUCUAAGGUGAUUCAUGUACUUAUACGCGUGAUUUUUGUCAGUUGAUAUUAAGUCAAAGUAAAUUUUGUAAAAUGACAGACGGCAAGAACGACAAAACCAAAGUAGAUUUAGGAUUACUUGAAGAAGAUGAUGAAUUUGAAGAAUUCCCAGCAGAAGAUUGGACAGCAAAAGAUGAAGAUAAUGAAGAUAUUAGUGUAUGGGAGGAUAAUUGGGACGAUGACGAUGUUGAAGAUGAUUUUAAUCAACAAUUGAGAGCACAACUAGAAAAACAAAAAGGUCAAGGUGAACCAACAAAAGAAGAUUAAAGAAUUUAUGAUAUUUAACUCUACUCUUCAUAUGAAUUAAUAAGUUAUGUAAAUUUUAAUAUGUGCUUCUUCUUUACAUUAAAUUUAUAACAAUGUACAUAUGCAUUAGGGUUCUCUGUUAUACGUAAUAUAUACUGUAGAAAGACUAUUUGAUUAUAACAUUUAAAUUAAUAUUGCGAUAUAACCAUCUUACAGAUGUAUUAUUCAAAUUAGGUUAAAACAAUACAGAAACAUUCAAAUAUGAAUAAUAAUAAAGAAAAUUAUAUUAUCUUAAA